AUGGCGAAACAAGUAUUCGCGUCACUGGCCUCCAAACUGAGGAAAAGGGGCAUCGCAGCUAAAGAUGCAGCUGAAGCUAAGUUCUUGCAUAAAAGGGAUAUAAACCCGAAAUCUACCCUGCGCGAGUUUUUUCUUUAUUUAGUUUUCCUUUUGGAUCUAUCUAUAUUAACCUUUGGAAUGGUCAAUACCAACAUGUAUUUCUUCACCAAAGUUAUGUCUGAACUCUUCCUGGAAACAAAAUCCUUUAUCAAUGGCAUAAACUUCAAAACAAUAAGAAAUAUAGAGAACUUCUGGGAGUAUACAGAGGGACCACUCCUGGAUAGUCUUUACUGGAAAGAAUGGUACAAUGGCCAGCCUUUGUAUCAAGGCGAGAACUACAUAUAUUAUGAGAAUAUCCUUUUAGGACACCCUCAAAUUCGACAGAUAAGAGUGCGCAACAAUAGUUGUUCAAUUCAUGAAUAUUUUCAGAAGAUGUUUAAAGAUUGUUAUGAUGCUUAUACAUUUGGAAAUGAGGAUCAAUCACCAUUUGGCCCUAGAAGUGGAUCAGAAUGGGAAUAUCGUGCUCCUAAUAAUGAGUUUGAGCUGUGGCACUGGGGUAGACUUGGUACAUAUGGCAAUGGAGGAUACAUUUUUGAAUUGACAAGGGAUAAAGUUGCCACUGCUGGGAAGAUUAAACAACUUAAGUCAAAACUUUGGCUUGAUAGUGGAAGCAGAGCUGUCUUUAUAGAUUUUACUGUCUAUAAUGCAAACGUCAACUUGUUUACUGCAAUCAGGUUGUUGGUGGAAUUUCCAGCAACUGGUGGAGCUAUCCCUUCCUCCGAGCUUUUCGCAGUCAAACUCCUACGAUACGUUUCGAACUUCGAUUACUUUCUAGCUGCCUGUGAAAUUAUCUUCUGUUUCUUUAUCUGCAACUAUUUGUUCCAAGGAAUCAUAGCCCUUCAGUCUUACAGGAUGGCAUACUUCAAGAACUUUUGGAAUUGUUUGGAUUUUUUAAUUGUGCUGUUUUCUUUAUUAGCCGUUUUUUACAACAUCUAUCGUACGAUAAAAGUAAGCUUACUACUCGAGCAAUUUCUGGAAAAUUCCAACUCCUAUCAAAAUCUCCACUUCUUGGCUUACUGGCAGAAUCGAUAUAAUGUCAUCAUUGCAUUUACUGUUUUCAUUGCAUGGAUAAAGAUUUUCAAAUACAUUAGCUUCAAUAUGACCAUGACGCAACUGUCUACAACCCUGUCUCGCUGUGCCAAAGGCAUUGUUGGAUUUGCCAUAAUGUUUUUCAUAGUAUUUUUUGGAUAUGCUCAGUUAGGUUACCUUAUCUUUGGUACUCAGGUGGAAAGUUAUCACACUUUUGGCAACUGCAUUUUUACACAGUUUAGGAUUAUUCUCGGAGACUUUAAUUUCCAUGAAAUUGAAAAUGCAAACCAAAUCCUUGGACCUGUUUACUUCAUCACAUUCGUAUUCUGUUUAUUCUUUGUACUGUUGAAUGUGUUCUUGGCUAUCAUUAAUGACACCUAUUCUGAAGUCAAGGAUGACAAAACAUUAAAAGAAGUAGAUUUUGACAUUUAUGAUGUGUUCAGAAAGGGCUACUAUAGCUUCCUUUUGAGUCUCAAUCUAAAAAAACCAUCAUCUCUUGCCCAACGGCCGGCUAUCUCCAAGGGUGGCAAGGAAACUCAGAAAGCUCCAGAGGAUGAUUUUGAGAAGUAUGACCCAAAUUCUGCAUUUUAA